AUGUGGGCAAUCCACUUCCCUUGUGGUGUGGAUAACGUGGCCCAUGUGGAUCUUUUAGAUGAGGUUCACAUGAGGCUUGAGCAAACUAAUUGUUUGGAUGAGCUUUGUCAUGGGCUUAUCCCUUCACAUUGGUCUAAACAGGAUAGAUCAUGUUUCCUCUCUCAGCACAAAACGGACGAAACCAAGAGGAGAGCAGGCAAGAUCAUAAUCCCCUCCCUCAUCUCUUUCGGGGGCUGGAAAAAUGGCUUCCAUAUCCAUGAACGGAACCUAUCUCUGCUCUCUCGCCGCCCAAUUCCAACGCAAGCCCCAAAAAUUCCUCUCAAGAUCCAACCACAAUCUCACCCCCGUUUCCCCUUUCUCUCCAAAACCCACCCUCUCCCUCUCAAACCCUCAUCUCCCCUUCAAACAACUAAACAAGCAGCAUCACUCUCCGCCGCCGCCGCCGCCGCCGCCGGUGAGGUUGUUGAAACCCCGGAGCCAACCCAAAAAGAAGAAGAACAAACAGAGGAAAGGGAGCUAGGAGUGGUGGUUAAGGGAUUGGAGAAGCCAAGGCUUGUAUUGAAGUUCAUAUGGAUGGAGAAGAACAUUGGGCUGGCAUUGGACCAGGUGAUACCGGGUUACGGUUCGGUUCCGUUGAGCCCGUAUUAUUUCUGGCCCAGGAAGGAUGCUUGGGAGGAGCUGAAGUCGAAGCUGGAGGAGAAGCCAUGGAUAUCGCAGAAGAGGAUUAUUAUACUUCUUAAUCAGGCCACUGAUAUCAUCAACCUCUGGCAGCAGAGCGGUGGAAACCUGUAAUUGUUUUCUUGAAGCUUCUUUCUUCUUUUUUUUGUAUGAGUAAAUUGUCUCCUAAUCGACACUACGCUUGUUUUUUUUCCCCUUUUUUCAAUGAUCAUAGUUUCGUAUUUUUUUUCU